AUGUUGGACCAGAUGGAUGAACUGUUGAAUUUAAAAGCUACUAUAAUGUCAAUAAUGGAUUCUAUGCGUUGGAGUUCUCUUGUUCCACAAGGCCAAUGUUUACUGGCCCCAUUAAUUUUGGUUAUUCUUGAUACUUCCAAAUUUUACGAUUUUUUGGUCAAAGCCCACUUUAAACUUCACAAAAGUUUACCAGCCGAUACUUUAGUUGGACAUAGAGAACGUUUUUAUGAUUUAUUUAGACGAACAAAAAAGUUUUAUGAAGAGACUGCAAAUUUGCAAUAUUUUAAAUAUUUGGUACAAAUUCCGACUUUGCCAUCGAUUGCUCCAAAUUUCCAACAAGCAUCUGAAUUGGAGGAUUAUAGAGCUCCCCAAGCUUAUUUGCAUGCGGGUACGACUUCAGAAAAUGGUGAUCAAUCGCCGCCAGAUUCGCAGUCUGUUUGUGAUGAGCAAAUAAGCAGCAUAAUUGACAUUUCUCUUCCGCAAAUGGACAAUAUUUCAAUGAUGGGUGAUUCUAUUGCUUCAUCCACCUUACCUCCGUCUACUUCAAAUAAUGCUGGUGCUCAACCAAUUUUUGAUCCAAAAGAUGAAAUUAUUGCUCGUUUACGACUUGAUAUUGAUGCUGAAAGGGAUGUAAAGGAAAAAUUAUUUGAAGAAUGCAAAAAUCGCAUAGAACAAUACGAAGCUAGACUACUCCAUAUGAACCAGGAGAUUGAUUUGCACAAAGAAGCUGCUGAGGAAAAGACAAAAGAAUUGGAAGAAUUACGUGUAUUGAGUACAACUUUAGGACAAGAACGUCAACAAACUUCAGAGGAGAGUAAACGAAAAGUUGAUGAAACUGAACAUAAAUUUGCAAAAUUGAAAGGAGCUUAUCAACAAAUUCGUGAAGAUCAUAUUAAGGCUCUCACAGAGAUUCGCGAUUUGCGGGCUAAAAUAGAUUCAAAUCUUAAAGCAUCGGAUACAAAAAAUGAGGAAUUGACUCAAUUAAAAGCUAAAAUGGAGCAAGAUGGACUUGAACGGGAAUUUUUUGAAUCUCAGGCCAAAACACUUCAAGAAAGUAUACAAAUAAAAGGACAAAAAUUGAUUGAAUGUCAAACAAAAAUUGAACAAUUAGAAUCUCAACUGGAAGAACUUGAAGAUGUUUUGGGUAAAUUCAAGGUGGAAUCAGCAGAAAAAUUGAAACUUGGGGAAGAGGAUAAAUUAAAAAUGGGAAAUGAAUUUUUAGAUUGUAUAACUUCUUUUGCAUUGAAUUUAAUGGAACAAACUAGUGAGGAUUCUCAAAAUGCUACUUCUAUUUCUUAUCCACCACGUUAG